GCCCUCCCCACCAUGAUCCCCCCAGCGAGUGGCACUCCUCCGGGAGAGGCCCUUUUCCCCAGCGUGGCUCCUCAGGACUUCUGGAGGUCUCAGAUCUCGGGCUACUCGGGGUCCAUGACCCGCCACAUCAGCCACCGGGCCAACAAUUUCAAACGACACCCCAAGAGGAGGAAGCGCAUUCGUCCCUCUCCGCCCCCACCCCCCAAUACCCCAUGUCCAAUCGAGCUGGUGGACUUUGGGGACCUGCGCCCCCAGAGGUCCUUCCGGGAGCUGCUCUUCAAUGGCUGCGUUCUGUUUGGCAUCGAGUUCAGCUACGCCAUGGAGACGGCCUACGUGACCCCGGUGCUCCUGCAGAUGGGCCUGCCCGACCAGCUCUACAGCCUGGUGUGGUUCAUCAGCCCCAUCCUCGGAUUCCUGCUGCAGCCUCUGCUGGGUGCUUGGAGUGACCGAUGUACCUCAAGGUUUGGAAGGAGACGCCCUUUCAUUCUUGUCCUGGCUAUAGGGGCAUUGCUGGGCCUCUCGCUCCUGCUCAAUGGCAGGGACAUUGGCACAGCCCUGGCUGACACCACCACCAACCACCAGUGGGGCAUCCUCCUGACCGUGUGUGGGGUGGUGCUAAUGGACUUCAGCGCCGACUCUGCAGAUAACCCCAGCCACGCUUACAUGAUGGACGUGUGCAGCCCCGCAGACCAGGACCGAGGCCUGAACAUCCAUGCCCUCCUGGCAGGUCUCGGAGGAGGGUUCGGAUACGUGGUCGGGGGAAUCCACUGGGAUAAAACCGGCUUUGGGAGAGCCCUGGGGGGACAGCUCCGCGUCAUCUACAUCUUCACCGCAGUCACCCUGACUGUCUCCACCGUCCUGACCCUCAUCAGCAUCCCGGAGAGGCCCCUGCGGCCCCCGGGCGAGAAGCGGACGGCCAUGAAGAGCCCCAGCCUCCCGCUGCCGCCCUCCCCGCCCGUGCCCGCGCUGCUGGAGGAGGCAGCCGGCGACACCGUCCCCUCGCAGGCGGCCCCCAGCGCCUACGCGAGCUUCUGCAGCCCCAUCUCCCCUCUCAGUCCCCUCACGCCCAAGUAUGGCAGCUUCAUUAGCAGGGACAGCUCCUUGACGGGCCUUCAUGAGUUUGCAUCGUCCUUUGGCACCUCCAACAUAGACAGUGUCCUCAUUGACUGCUUCACAGGGGGCCAUGACAGCUACCUGGCCAUCCCCAGCAGCGUCCCGCGGCAGGCCAUCAGCGUCAGCUUCCCCCGGGCACCUGAUGGCUUCUACCGCCAGGACCGGGGACUCCUGGAGAGGAGGGAGGGCGCCCUGGCCUCUGGCGCCGACGGGGACGUGUUAAGGGUGGGCUCCCUGGACACCUCCAAGCCAAGGGCGUCUGGGAUUCUGAAGAGACCCCAGACCUUGGCUCUCCCAGAGGCGGCCGGGGGAGCAGGUCCCGACACCAGCAGGAGAAGGAAUGUGACCUUCAGUCAACAGGUAGCAAAUAUUCUACUUAACGGUGUGAAGUACGAGAGCGAGCUGACGGGCCCCAGUGAGCAGAUGGAGCAGCCUCUGUCCAUGCGGCGCCUCUGCUCCACCAUUUGCCACAUGCCCAAGGCGCUUCGCAACCUCUGCGUCAACCACUUCCUGGGGUGGCUGUCGUUCGAGGGGAUGCUGCUCUUCUACACGGACUUCAUGGGCGAGGUGGUGUUUCAGGGGGACCCCAAGGCCCCGCACACGUCGGAAGAGUAUCGGAAAUACAACAGCGGCGUCACCAUGGGCUGCUGGGGCAUGUGCAUCUACGCCUUCAGUGCCGCCUUCUACUCAGCCAUCCUGGAGAAGCUGGAGGAGGUCCUCAGCAUCCGCACCCUGUACUUCAUCGCCUAUCUCGCCUUCGGCCUGGGCACCGGGCUGGCCACCCUCUCCAGGAACCUCUACGUGGUCCUGUCCCUGUGCAUGACCUACGGCAUCCUGUUCUCCACGCUGUGCACCCUGCCCUACUCGCUGCUCUGCGAUUACUACCAGAGCAAGAAGUUCGCAGGGUCCAGUGUGGAUGGCACCCGGCGGGGCAUGGGCGUGGACAUCUCCCUGCUGAGCUGCCAGUACUUUCUGGCCCAGAUUCUGGUCUCCCUGGUCCUGGGGCCCCUGACCUCAGCCGUGGGCAGCGCCAACGGGGUGAUGUACUUCUCCAGCCUCAUGUCCUUCCUGGGCUGCUUGUACUCCUCCCUGUUUGUCAUUUACGAAAUUCCUCCCAGUGACACCACAGACGAGGAGCAUCAGCCCCUCCUGCUGAAUGUCUGACAUCCUGGAGUUGACUUUGGACUCGUCCCUGAGUUGGGGGCUGGGGGCUGGGGGCUGGAGCAGGCCAACCAAGGCAGAACCAAAGGACCUUGGUGGACAGGGGACAGGCUUCCUGUUGAAUGUAAAUAGUGAUAAAAUAAUAAACAGCAGCAGCAAAGCC